CAGCGUCUCUCUUUCGGCUCAGCCUCACCCUCGUCACUCUUUCAACAACCCACCCCAACCUCAGCCUUCCGCUCCCACCACCACCACCCCUCCUUCCUCAGCCAACAUGCACGCCACCCUCGCCCUCGCUUCCCUCGCCUCGCUCGCGUCCAUCGCGCUCGCCCAGAUCCCGUCGGGCUACGGUCGCUUCCCCUGCACCCUCGUCAACGGCGACGGCACGUUCUCGGCCGACCCGAACCAGUGCGCCGACGACGCCCUCAUCAACCCGGCUGGCGUCGCCGACGACACCGGCAUCCAGGGCUCGGCCGCCAACCCGACUGGCGCCAUGUGCACCCUCGAGGCCGAGACCGGCGCCUACUUCUGCGGCAUCGCCGGCGCCGAGUGCUCGUCGGACGCCAACUGCGACAACGGCACCUGCGACCUCGCCUCGGGCACUUGCCAGGGCGGCUUCCUCCAGGACUGCGGCGGCGACGACGCCAACUGCUCGGGCUACCUCUACUGCACGAACGCCGACCAGACCAACCCGGACCCGCUCGCGUGCGGUGAGGACGGCGUCUUCUGCCAGGACCCGUUCGCGGUUUCGGACGGCCAGAGCGCCGCCGAGAUUGCGGCCACCUACGACCAGUUCUGCUCGUCGGGCUACUGCUCGAACGUCGACGGCAACUGCGGUCAGCGCUUCACCCUCGGCCAGGACUGCUCGGCCGACGUCUUCGGCUGCGGCACCACCGACGCCGGCGUCCAGCUCACCUGCGUCGACAACGCCGGCGUCCAGACCUGCCAGGUCGAGGGUGCCUCGCCCGCCGCCCGCUCGCGCUCGCGCCGCGCCGCGCUCCACCGCCGCAACCUCUGCCCGGCCUCGCACACCGCCUGCGCCGUCGAGGGUGCCGCCAAGGGCUUCGAGUGCAUCGACGUCUCGUCCAACAUUGAGCAGUGCGGCGCCUGCGCGUCGGCCGGCGGCGUCGACUGCACCGCCAUCGAGGGCGUCGCCGCCGUCGGCUGCGUUGCCGGCACCUGCGAGAUCUGGUCGUGCGAGGACGGCUUCACCUUCGACGCCGCCACCGGCGCCUGCACCUCGGCCUAAACCCCCGAGCUCGCCUCGUCGUCGCCUCCCCUUCCCUUCUCCUCUCGGGCUCUCUCCUCGUCUCGUCACGUACCUAUCCUUCUCCCGCACCCACACAUUUUUCAUUUCCACUCCGUUCCCUCCAUCCUGAGUAACGACUCGUAACGAUCACGACCUUUCAUCCUUCCCUCCCCCUCCUUCCUCCCGCCGCAUUCGCUUUUCACCUUCUCCUCCCCACCUCGACCUGCUCGAGACUGGCGCUGAGCGUCGGGUUCUGUCUAGAUCGACUCCUCGUUCUCCUUUAGUCCCCUCGUCGUCUCUCCCUCUUGCCCUGGAACCCAGAAUGGAUGGAAAUGACUCGCUCUCGUUGCGCGCCUU